AUGCCUUACAACUGUUGCCUGCCCAACUUCAGCUGCCGCACCAGCUGCUCCUCCAGGCCCUGCCUGCCUCCCAGCUGCCAUAGCUGCACCCUCCCUGGGGCCUGCAACAUCCCCGCCAAUGUGGGCACCUGUGGCUGGCUCUGCGAAGGCUCCUUCAACGGCAAGGAGAAGGAGACCAUGCAGUUCCUGAAUGACCGCCUGGCCAACUACCUGGAGAAGGUGCGGCAGCUGGAGAGGGAGAAUGCUGAGCUGGAAGGUAGGAUCCGGGAAUGGUGCCAACAGCAGGUCCCCUAUGUGUGCCCAGACUACCAGUCCUAUUUCAGGAUCAUUGAGGAGCUCCAGCAAAAAAUCCUGUGCACCAAGGCAGAGAAUACCAGGCUGGUGGUGCAGAUCGACAAUGCCAAGCUGGCUGCUGAUGAUUUCAGAACUAAGUACCAGACAGAACUGUCCCUGCGCCAGCUGGUGGAGGCUGACAUUAAUGGCCUGCGCAGGAUCCUGGAUGGGCUCACCCUCUGCAAGUCUGACCUAGAGGCUAAAGUGGAGUCCCUGAAGGAGGAACUGCUCUGUCUCAAACAGAAUCAUGAGCAGGAAGUUAACUCGCUGAGAUGCCAGAUUGGGGAGAGACUCAAUGUGGAGGUGGACGCUGCCCCAACUGUGGAUCUGAACAGGGUGCUGAACGAGACCCGGUGUCAGUACGAGACCCUGGUGGAGAACAACCGCAGAGAUGUGGAGGAAUGGUUUGCCACUCAGACAGAGGAACUGAACAAGCAGGUGGUAUCCAGCUCUGAGCAGCUGCAGAACUGCCAGGCCGAGAUCAUUGAGCUGAGGCGUACCGUCAAUGCUCUGGAGAUUGAACUGCAGGCUCAGCACAACCUGAGAAAUUCUCUUGAAAACACCCUGACAGAAACCGAGGCUCGUUACAGCUCCCAGCUGUCCCAGGUACAGUGUAUGAUCAGCAAUGUGGAGUCCCAGCUGGCUGAGAUCCGUGGUGACCUGGAGAGACAGAACCAAGAGUACCAGGUGCUCCUGGAUGUCAGAGCGCGGCUAGAGUGUGAGAUUUCCACAUACCGUGGCCUGCUGGAGAGUGAAGACUGCAAGCUUCCCUGCAAUCCCUGCACUACCACCAACGCCUGCGGCAAGCCCAUUGGCCCCUGUCCGGUCAGCAAUCCUUGUGUUCCCUGCACACCUUGCAUUCCUCGAUCUCGCUGUGGCCCCUGUAACUCCUUUGUGCGCUGAAUUUCCUAGCAUUCCCCAGAGGAUGAAGGACAGACAGUCAUUUGUUUCCAAUCUUUGGGCCAGCCUCCUUUUCUCAUGGUGAUUGUAUCCUGUCAAAUAGAAGAAGCCAGGGAAAGAAUAAGAAGAAAUGUGCACAGAUUCUCAUAGAUAUAGUCAGUGAUCCCGGGGGGCUAGGAUUUGCUGGUUCUACACAAACAAGUCCUGUGUUCCUGGAGGUCUUUGAUCUUUAGAUAUUCCAGCAUUGUUUCCCUUAGAAAGUGUGACUUACUGGCUUCUGUGGUCCCUUCUGUUGUUUCAACCUAUCCUUCUCUCCUUGUAGUUCCC